GUUUAUAAUUCAACUGUGGAUCCACUGUCACCCCAUCUGAGUGUAUCUCUUUGUAGUGCCUGACAUAGAGGAGGUCACAGAAUGACCUUUCAUCUGCAAACAGAAGAAUGUUACAACUGGGUGAACUUCAUCACACUACACAGAGAGCGACUGAGAGUCCAAGGACUUAUAUGCUGCUUGCAUGGACAGAAUAAAACACUUUAAUUACAACCAGGAGGGCAGUGACAGCAACACAGUGGACAGCUCUGGACCCCUCUCUCAGUUAAGUGGAUGGAGAUGUGAGCAUGUGAGCCAAACAAUUGCUUUCAGCUACCACUGGCUUUUCUGGAUAACUGAUGAGUCUGCAGCAAGAAGAAUGUCACACGAGUCAAAGUUACAGCCCUAUCAGAACUCCUCCAGGCCUGGUGUCUUGGAGGUUAGUCUGAGCAGUGAAGGGAGGACGCUGACUGUGCUGCUGGAACAGGCUUUCAGGAUCAAAGAGGAGGUGGCAGCAGGUCUGCAGUCUGCCCAGGGCUCCCUCCAGGUUGAGGCAUUGUCCCGCAAGCUGCUGGAGAAUCACAUACUGACCAUUACACGCAUUGUCAAGCAGCUUAGCAUGGACAUACAGGUCCUUGAAAGACAGAUCGCCCAGCGUGACUGCAUCACCUCUGGAACCACAAUGGCCGUGCAAAGCCUGGAACAGAAGAACAUGGCCGGCAUUGGAGACCUGAGAGGAAGAGUAGCCAGGUGUGAUGCCAGCAUCGCCAAGCUGAGCGCUGACAUGAGCUCUGGGGAGCGGCGGGUGAUUAGACUGCAGCAGGAGGUGGCAGAGCUCAGGUCAGCUGUGGACGUGCGGCUCAAAGAGCUGGAAGUCAAGCUUCAUCGUGACCUGGGGAGACUGGAAGCAUCAUUGUCAGAGCAUUCAAAGGGACAAAGGAGCUCCAUGUCUGAUCUGCAUACACAAGUUAAAGUACUAGAGGCCAGGAUGUCAGGUGAACUGAAGGAAGCCAAGGAGCAGACAGAUUCACUGAGGAAGUGGACAGAUCAGCAGCUCAACAGCUUAGCCAAGACUCAUGCAGAAAGCAGCCAGCAGCACCGCACACAACUGCAGGACAAAAUGUUGGAGGCAGAGUCGAGAUUAGCUGUCCAGCUACGUGUUCUGGAGGCCCGUGUGGAGCAGGUUGAGGCCCAGCGGGAUCAGACCGACCGCAGUCAGGCAGAUCAGCUGAAACGCUCUGAAACCAAACUCGGUAAAAGACUAACCUCAGUGGAGAGCAGCCUUCAUCGGGAGCUGCAGCUGCUCAAACAGGAAUACCACAAAGGGUUCCUGUCUGUGCAUGAUGCCAUUGAGUCCCUGAGGCAGAUAGGCGACAUCAAAUCCCGCCUUGACAAAGAGAAGCUUCACAAAGAUAUCCGGCAAAUCUGCAGCAAGGAGGCAGAGCUCAACGACGUGUGACAUAUAUCACUUAAAGAGGAGCUAAUAGCCUGAAUCAAACUCUUUAAAAACCAACAGGCCCAGCAGUCGGUGAGAGCGUCAACUGUUUCCUCACUGGCUUUAUUCACAUUUCAUUCUAUGAGCCCACAGCUAUUUAGACUACGGCUAUAUUUAAUUUAAUCACCCUGUGAAAAUCAGAGAAAUUAUCUUGUCAUCUUAAGUAGAAUACCAUUUGUUAAAUGUUAGGCAACUUGAUUACAGCCAGACCUUUCAGUGACGGUUCAUUUUGUGUAAUUUAAAAAGGUAAGAAGAUUAAUUGCACACCAUUUUACUUUAACUCACUCCAUCCCUGUCUCAUUUUUGCUUUAUAAUAUACAAGCUUCAGCCAUGAUUUGUCGUUUAUGCAGUUAUCUUGUUAGAUUUAACUUAGAAGCUUGAUGAGAACCCUACUGCAUUAAAAGACUGUCCCAAUAUUUGUUUGGUAUUAAUGAUUUUAAUCAUUUUACUUUUAAUGAACAAA